CACACACAGAUCAGGCAGUAUUGAGGGCAUCUCACCAACUUCGGUUGGACCGAAUUUAAUAGCCGCAUUAUCGAGCAGUGAUGCCACUUCGAUUGGUACAUGGCGCAUGAUAAAAGGUAAAGUUUCACAAACAAUUGAAGAUAUAAAAUCAUCUAAAGGUAGUACAACAAAUAUUACUACAUUACAACCCCAAUCAUAUCCAACUAUUAUAAUCAAAGGGGGUGAGCAUCAACAGCAAACGGGUCUUGAAUUCGAUUCGGAUCAAGAGACUAAAACCUCUAUGAGUGAAGAUUUAUCGGUGGAACAGGAUAGACGUAGUAGUGGUGGUAGUGGUAAACAUAAAAGAUCUAGUAAAUUGGAAGAUUCCGAUUCAGAAUUUGAAAAUGAAAUAUUGUUAGAGGGUGAAUCGGAACAUUCACGUUUUCGUCGCGGCUUUGCUCAUCUCAAGUCGAAAGUAAAGGCCAAACACGCUGCACAUCAAGCACAAAAAGCUACCCUCUCCACCGCUUCGGCAGCAGCUGCAGCAACAGUUUCCACCCCUGCUAGCCAUUCGGCCGUAGCAGCAGUGAAGAAAGACAUCAGUCCCAGUAGAAGUACAGGCUCCUCCUCUUCUUCUACUUCUUUAAGGGGAAAUUUCUUAAGAAGACGCCGUAAUAAAGGUGUAGAAACUGCAGAAUUGGCCUCACCCACCAAUAUGGCUUCAGCUUUAGCCGCCACAGUGGCCGCCAGCGGUGAAAUGGCUGCUGUAGUACCCGUAGUGGUAAGUGGCAAACCGGCCAAGAAACCCAAGGGUAUUACAGUGGGUAAAAAAGAUAUAGAAAUUGAAUCUGGUGUUGAGAUGUUAGAGGACAUGAUACCACCAGCCACAGCCGUGCCAGCUGCUGAUGAUACUUCACCCGAUUCCAUACCACCUAAACGUGAUGAAUUAGAUUUACCUUUGCAAAGUGAUAAUCUAAACACUCCACCCUACAAGGACUAUACUCUAAAAAGUAUUAAAAUGUUAUAUGAAUGCCAAGAUCCCACAAAUAUGACUCCCAACGAGUCACGUCUAUCAUCAGAUAGUGCUGCUUCCUUGGGUAAAACAAAUCAAGUUGACAAUAAACAUUUCUUUUGGGAUUAUUGGUAUCAAGUUGUUAAGCAUGCUAAAUAUUUACCCUGCAUUUCCAUUAUGGGUUUAACAACCAUAUUCAUUUUGCCCUUAAAUGAUUUUAUACGCGGUGUGUUAACCUGUUUACUAAGCAUUACCAUUGUUGAUGGUCUCUGGAAUUUAAUACAAACAGUUAUUGAACGUUAUACCAUUCAUUUUAAACCAGAGAAGACUACGUUUCAUAUACCCGACUAUAGUAAAAUGACAAUAUGUGAGGUACCGGCAGUGAAGGAGUAUAAAACUGUUAAAUCGUAUGGGGGUUGGAUGAAUGAGGUUGAUAGUUACGAUCCAAAUACAUUCAGUAUUAACAUGGCUAGAUCGGUUUAUAUUAAACUGGAAGGCACAGUAUUACAUAUAUCCACUACGAAUGCUCGUAUACCCAAGCGAGUCAUGUGGAACGAAUUGCCUAUAAAUCGUAAAACUAUAAUAUUUACAACACAUCGCACUUACGAUUUACUAGGCUGUCGCAUUGAAUUGUUACCUAUUGGUUUGGCUAGAAAAAGACACUUUAAUCGAAAAUAUCCCAUACAACUAAUAAUAAAGGAUCCUAAAAUAGCACCGGGCACUGAGGAUGAUGAUAUCGAUAACAAACCUUUAAGACGUAGAUUUAGUCGACAACGUAAUAAGCGUGAAAAAUCGGAAACAAAAGAAUUAGCGGAAAAUAGCAGCGGUAAAUUAAAUGAUACUGAAACACAAACUCAAGAGUCGGGUGGAGAAAUGGAUUUUGGAGCCACCAUAUUAAAUGCAGAUUUGCAGAAAUUACAAGAUGACGUAAAUCCAGAUGAGGAUUUAAACAAUAUAACCGUACCAUGUGGUGAUGAAGUUCGUAUAUUAUUAUUUGCCAGAUGUGCCAGAGAAAAAGAAGAUUGGUAUAGACGUUUUGUAGCCGCUAGCUGUGGUGAUGUCCAUGAUCAAGAUUUACAUUUGAGUAAUGUAAAACUUAUUAAUUCUAAGGACUUGCAGGCGGCUGCUACUAAAGCGGCACAAUUAAUAACUAAUCCUAAGCCUAAAGAGAAUGUAGCUGGUUCUGGUAAAUCUUCAGUGUCUGAACAACAAAGAGAAUCAACCUCAUCGCUUAAUUUUGAAGAUUUAGUUGAUCUUUCUCCUGCUGUUCCCGAAAAAGAGGAAACGGAACGUGAUGACGAAUCUAUAGAGUUUAUGCCAGAUGAUGCUGAAACCAUUGAGGGUCUUUUAAUGUUAGCCAGCGCUGCUAGGAAUGAUGCAAAUUAUAUUAAAUUUAUGGCUUUAUAUCAGAACAAACGCACAGCUCGUCAUGAAAAUGAACUUUGGAAGGGCAUAGAUCAGUCGUUAUUCUUGGGUCCUUCUGGCAGUGUGGUAUGGGCUAAUGUUUUAAUAGGCCGCUUACUCUACAGCACCUUACAAAAUGAACAAAUUUUAGAUAAGAUACAGGAUAUCUUGCAAAAGAAAUUGAAUUCCAUUAAGCUUCCCAGUUUCAUGGAGGAUGUGGUUAUUAAAAAUAUCGACUUGGGCACAACUCCUCCCCUAAUACAUCGUGUCUCCCAGCCCAUGCUGGAUGAACGUGGCAUUUGGUUAGAUAUGGAUGUAACAUAUGAGGGUCAUUGUCAUAUCACCGUAACGACAAAAAUGAAUUUGUUACGUCUUAAACGUCCAAUGCGUACACCUCUAUUUGUUGAUACAAAACUAGAUGCCACCAUACCAAAUCCACACAUAGCAGCUUCUUUGAAAGAUGAACUUUUGGCCGCCAAUAAAGCCGCGCGAGGAGGUGGUGUUAAUGAAACGGAACUAUUGAUAGAAAGUGCUUUAACCGGCAGUGCUAUAUUUGAUAGUGAUGCUGAAAGUACUGGCAGUUCGAGUACGGAAUCCGAUAGUCCUAUUGCUGGUACAAUGGGUGAAAAUCCGAAUAGUGUUAGUGAAGGCGCCACAAAUCCGGGUAAUGCUAGACGUAUAUUUAAAUUUGUUGAUCGCAUUGCUACUUCCAAUUUUUUCCAAUCUGCAACGGAAUUGUCUUUUGUACAAAAAGCUAUGGAGAAUAUGAGUACUACCAUAACAUUAGGCAUAGAUUUAAGAGGUUUAGUUUCACGUGUAACAAUAAAUAUACCUCCACCGCCCUCGGAUAGAAUAUGGCUGGCUUUUCGUGCUCCACCACGCCUUUGGCUAACAGCACGUCCUACAGUGGGUGACAAAUCUGUUGAUUGGAGCAUUGUUACCAAUGUUAUUGAGGGUAAACUAUGCGAGGCUGUUAAUAAAUAUUUAGUAUAUCCCAAUAUGGUUGAUUUAACUGUACCAUUCUUGGGUAAAUCUGCAGCUUCCGAAUCAUAAGAAUUAAACAAUUUUGAUUUAUAUUUAUUUGUGUUAUUAGUCUAUAUGUUUGCCGUCUCUUUAAGGACAAAAUUUACUAUAACAUUUUUUUUUUAUUAUUACAAUUAUAAUU